AUUCAGUCAUACAUGAACAUGUGUCCAAUAAUUACAUGUAAUAUUUUAUUUACUCAUGUCUGUCAGGUAAUGUAGUCCAUUCUGUAAAUAUAAUUGUCAGGUUUUGCAGUUCAUGAUUACACCGACAGAAACAGUGCAAAGAACACCAAGCAGAGACGUCUUUAAUGUAAUACGUCACCAUUGAGCUGAAUUUACACGAUGUAACGGCAGGGGUCGCUGGCAGUUACUGUCCGUGUUUAUCCGACCAUUUUUCAUUAUUGGUGUGAGGAAGUGUGAUAUAUGUCUAUGUCUCACGUUGUUCCCCCUCUUGGCAAUAUAUGCAUGCCGGAAAAUUAUUGCACAACAAGAUCUUUUCUAUUAUUGGUGCAAUAUUUUAUGCUCCCGUUCACUCCGUUUAAUGGUAAAACUGCAAUGAUAUAGGAAAAGGCACGUUGCCUGUCGUAGUUCAUCCCUGUUAUGUAGGCAAUUCUUUCUUUCCGCGAUGCUCUGCUCUGCUCUGUACUGGAAGACGUUAUCUUAAGGUUCCAGCAUUGAUUUUUACCGUAGAUUUGCACCCUGUUUAAUUUUUGAAUAAGAAAUGUAGUGAAAUAGGCUGAAAUGUGUCCUGUAAUUCACCUUUGUGACUGAUAUAUUUUGAGUGCUUACAUGUUGGGUUAAGAUAUUGCAUGAUCUGGGGCUAUUAAUAUUGUGUAUGGAAAUACUAUCCAGUGGAACCAACCGUGUGAAUAUUUUAUUUAUUGCAACAUUAUUUAAAUAAUAAAAUGCAGGUCGGUAUUAGAUUAGGUGAAAUACUAAAACAGCACAAGUCAUCUUAGAAUAAUUCAUUAAAACGUAUUUAAGUCAUGCUUUACAUUUUAUAUGUCGUGUUUGCUACAACAUCUAUUACAUUGCCAAAUGAGAUAGCACUGCUGUGAAGGUCUGCUAUUGUCUCAUUCAAGGUGUGAUACCCUCUUUUAUGUGACGUAUACUGCACUUUCUUUUCUCGUGAUGGGUUUUUUGCUUUUGCGUCACUCUUUGAGCUGCCAGUGGACUACAAUGUUUAGUAUUGCACCAUUCCCCGUGUCUCGCGUACAGCGGCCCGUGGUGUGAUGCUGCGGCGUGCAGGAGAGGGAGGAGGAGGGAAUGCUAGACUUGCUCGUUCACAGUAAUCUCUCUACUCCACAGUACUACUGCGAGGGUCGGCUGGCAUCAGGGGAGUGAGCAGCUGAGAGAGAGAGAUACGGACGAAAUAGAGAAAGCGUGCGUGUGCGCAUGGAUUGCACCACCGCAUCCUCUCCACAAAACAUGCGAACAGCCAUGCUUUGAACAACAGUUUCAGAUUAACCCAUAUUUUACGAUUCUAUGUGUCCUUGUGGUGAUACGUUUUUCAUCGCGAAAUAACCCAUACGUUUCCUUUGGCGUGAAUUCAGAAGAUACAGUAACAUCGAUUAUGGCACUCGUGAUGGAGCCUAUAAGUAAAUGGACACCCAAGCAGGUCCUGGAUUGGAUGAAAGGCUUGGACGACUGCCUCCAGCAGUACAUCAAGAACUUUGAGCGGGAGAAGAUCAGCGGCGAGCAGCUGCUCCACAUCACCCACCAGGAGCUGGAGGAGCUGGGCGUCACUCGCAUCGGGCACCAGGAGCUCAUCCUGGAAGCCGUGGACCUCCUCUGUGCGCUGAACUACGGGCUGGAGACGGAGAACCUGCGCACGCUGUCACACAAGCUCAACGCCUCGGCCAAGAACCUGCAGAACUUCAUCACGGGCCGGCGCCGCGGCGGUCACUACGACGGGCGCGCCUCCCGCCGCCUGCCCAACGACUUCCUCACCUCCGUGGUGGACCUCAUCGGGGCGGCCAAGAACCUGCUGGCCUGGCUGGACAGGUCCCCGUUCGUCAGUGUGACUGAGUACUCACUGCUGAAAAACAACAUCGUUCAACUGUGCCUGGAGUUAACCACUAUAGUGCAACAGGACUGCACAGUAUACGAGACGGAAAACAAGAUUCUUCACGUGUGUAAGACCCUGUCUGGAAUAUGUGACCACAUCAUCUCUCUGUCCUCGGACUCCCUGGUCUCCCAGUCAGCCCACCUGGAGGUGGUGCACCUGACUAAUGUAAUGCCUAGUGAGGGCCUGGGGAUGUACAUCAAGUCCACGUACGAUGGGCUUCACGUCAUCACUGGGACCACUGAAAAUUCUCCAGCAGACCAGUGUAAGAAGAUCCACGCCGGGGACGAGGUGAUCCAGGUCAACCACCAGACAGUGGUGGGCUGGCAGCUGAAGAACCUGGUCAACGCUCUUCGGGAGGACCCGAAUGGAGUCAUCCUAACGUUGAAGAAGAGGCCGCAGAACACCCUGACCUCUGCUCCCGCCUUACUGAAGAACGUGCGCUGGAAACCCCUCGCUCUCCAGCCAAUUCUCACCAGCCCCACCAGUGACCCCAUCACUCCAACUGGCACCAUGGGUAUGUCUUCCACAAUGGACGGGUCCAACAUGCAGGAUGUUUUCAUUCUGUCCCCUGUCUCAGGACUCUAUGGACCCCGGGACGAGAUGGCCGUCAUGUCCUGCGAUGACAUCAGCAAGUACAGCAUGGGCAAGUCGGGCAUGAAGGGCUCCGACUCUCCCAGCUACUACCUCGACCACGAGAGCGGCAGGUACUACACCUUCAUGGAGGGCGAGGGCGUGCACCUGGGGCCCGAGUACGACCGGGGCCGCUCCACGGGGGUCCGCAGGAGAGAGAAGACCCCGACUCACGGUGACCUCAGGCCAGUUUCCAUGCCAACGGAGUACAAUUGGAUGACGGAAACCAAGGAGCCCAGUAUGUACAAGAGGGGCAGCAGAGACUCGGACAGCUCUCUCCUGCGUUACCUGAGCGACGACAAGAUCCUGGUGAUCCAGGAGGAGCCGGAGGCGCCCCGGGAAUGCAAGCGCGACACGGGCCGGCGUUCCCGCAAGAAGGGCAAGAGCCCCAGCAGCCCCAGCUUUCCCAUCAGCCCCAACUCCCUGCUGGCCUCCACCGUCAGGCUGGACUCAGGCCCCCCCGAGGGGCUGCCCUUCCCACUGCCCGAGAGCAACACCGUUCCUCUCUACCACAGAGCUGGAGACACGUUGCGUGCGGACGCAGACAGGUAUGCUGGUUCUGGUAUGGACAGACAAAGCAGCACAUCCAUGAGGAAGUCCUUUCAUUAUGCCUCCUUAAGAACUAAGACCAAAAAGAGAACCAAAGGCUUGACCAGCGGCAGCCGGCGGCGCAUCUCCUGCAAGGACCUGGGGCACGGCGACUGCGAGGGCUGGCUGUGGAAGAAGAAGGACGCCAAGGGCUACUUCACUCAGAAGUGGAAGAAGUACUGGUUCAUCCUGAAGGACUCCUCCCUCUACUGGUACACCAAUCAGAACGAUGAGAAGGCUGAAGGCUUCAUCAGUCUACCGGAGUUCAGGAUAGACAGAGCAAUUGAAUGCCGCCGGAAAUUUGCCUUCAAGGCCUGUCACCCAAAAAUCAAGAGUUUCUUCUUCGCCACUGACUGUUUGGAGGAGAUGAACAGGUGGAUGAACCGGCUAGGACUGGCAGCCAUUGGGUACACACCGGAUGACAAGGUGUCACGCCCUGAUGAAGAUUACUGGAGUGAAAGUGAUCAGGACGACAUCGAUGGCUCAAUGACCCUUAAGCAGGAGGGCCCUUCUUCACUGUGUGACAUCUACCAUCGCACCCCUUCUGUUCACAGGGUCAACGGCCGCGACCGUUUGCCGCGGUCCCAGAGCUCUGUGACCCUGGUGCGAUACACUCCUCCCCCUCUCCCCCCUCAGGUGAACUCCUCCAGCCCCUUCCCGGAGGCCAAGCACGGGCGCCACUUCUCCAGCGAGUCCACGUACUCCCACUCCUCUGCGGAGGACUCGCGGGCGGAGGGCCCGGGCAGCGGCCACUCCUCGGGCUGCCGCUCCACGCACCGCGAGCGCCGCUCCUGGCAGGACCUGAUCGAGACGCCGCUCACCAGCUCCGGCCUGCACUUCCUCCAGACCGUCCCCGCCGAGGGCGACUUCGGCUUCGGCGGCGGCGGCUACGGCUACGGCUACGGCUACGGGGGCACCCUGGGCGGCGGGCGGCUGCCGAUGUCGCCCGACCGCCGGCGCCAGGCCACCCUGCCGGUGCAGAGGAGGCACCGGCCGGACCGGGACGGGCCCUUCCCGCUGGUGGAGAGCGAGGAGCUCCACCUCCACCACCGCGCCCACAAGCAGCGCAGCCAGAGCCUGCCGCGGAACCGCGAGGGCCGGGCCGCCCGGGCCGUCUUCCACCCCGCCGGGCUGUCCGAGGAGCGCAGCGAGGACGACGAGGUGCCCUUCCGCAAGCACGGCGGCGCCGCCAAACACGAGCCUGGGCGUGAGGAGGUGGGCACGUUGGACGGACUGCAGCAGCUCUACCGCACGCUGGAGCAGGCCAGCCUCUCCGCCUUCGGCGAGCCACGCCCGUCCACGAAGCAGGAGUACCGCCGCUCCUUCAUCAAGCGCUGCAACGACCCCAUCCUCAACGACCAGCUGCACCACAUCCGCGUCCUGCGCAGCACGCUCAAGGCCAAAGAGGGAGAGCUGGCCCUCAUCAACCAAUUGCUUGAAGAGCCCAACCUGACCUCCAAGAAGUUCCGCGAGUGGAAGCAGCGUCACCACGAGCUCUUCAUGGACAUCUGCGAGUUCAGCCCGGGAGACAACGGCACCGCGGACCUGUCUCCGCUGGCCACGCCCCUCAUGGCACACACCCACUCCUUCAUCGAGACGCACGUGUGAGACGCCGGGGCGAGGCCGAGGGGUGACAGGGUCGACAUGGAAACGCUUCCCUAAACCCCGCCCCCUGACUCCCAUGCUAUGACUCACACUCCAGUCCCCCUCAUUCUCUUGCCCCAGGCACACCUCUCAAUUCUCCCCUUCACCCCAAACAGACUGACCAACCAACCACUGUAAUAAUCUGUAAAUACUGUACGGAGACUUAAAGACUUAAAGAGAGGAGAGUUCUGGUGUACAUACUUUGGAUUUUAAAAAAAAUAGUGAAGCCCCCGCAGGGUGCCCGCUGCAUGCCUGAAGAGAGAGUAUUACCCUUCCUUCAUCUUCUGAAAUGUGAAUGAACUGGGGAAAAACAAUAAUCAUGGGCAAAAAAAAAAAACAACAAGCUGACAAAUGAAAGGAAUAGAAAGGACAAAUGCUUUGGGUUUUUGCCAUUACCUUCUCUUUUGGGGUUUUCUUUCCUUUACCUGUUAUCCUUCCUUUUGUAUUGGUCAAGCUGAGAGCAGUGGAGCACUGUAGCAGUACUAUGGAAGCAAACCAUUUUCACCACAACACUGUAUUACUAAGUUUUGCACCCACAGCACAGAGAAACUCCACAGAUUUUUAUAUACAUAUAUAAAUAUAUUUAUACUAUUACCAUUAUUACUACUGAUAUAGUCCUUUGUUUCUAAAGAUAGCUUGUGUUGAAACCCAGAAAUUAAAGAAGGGACUCCUGCAAGUGCUUGUUCUAGCUAUUUAUGUGACUCAAAAUUCCUUCAGGACAGUUUUCUGAAAGUAAAUCAUAUGAAACUAAAAGAUGCAUUACUUGGGGGCGAAAGUGUACAAGAAAUAAAUGUUAAGUUAAAAAGAACUUAGCAUUUGCCUAGAAGAAGCCCCUGUUUAAUACUGUGAACUAUCCUUGUGAAUGCAACCUUUAGAUUCAAAGGAAUCUAAAAAAAUCUUUCAACAUUUUGUUUUGGAAGACAUGACAUGGCUUCAAUGGUUACUUGUUGUGCUGUGUGCAGUUUGUUAGCUGGGGGAUUCCACCUGACUGUGGAGAGAACUUCAGUCCCCCAGAGUCUUGUUCACCUCCGAAUCCAGUAUGAUUUUGGCUUUUCAUUUAUUGUGCUUGUGCGUGGCCACUGGGUAACUUUUUAACUUUGCUAGCCAGGUUCCCACAUCCAGUCAUACAUACAUAUGUAUCAUUUCAUAUUAUCCAUGUAUACAGUUGGAUAUUUUCUCAAAAAAUUCAGGUUAUGUACCUUGUGUAAGUGUACAACCUCAGCCCCCUUGAACCUAUGACUUUCUGGUGACAACUUCAAUUUAGUCCCUUGCCACUAUGUCCUUGUGUGCAUGUGCACGCUCAUGUGUUUGUUUGUUUGGUUUCUUGGACUUAAUUGUUUGGUUAGCACAAGUUAAAUGAUGCACUAUAUAGAAUGCACUUUCCAUACUUACAUUACAGUACACAGCAUCACUGAGCCACAAAAUGAAGGUCACUCACAGCUUAACUGGCCUGGGUAUUCACUAUUCAGACACUGACAGAGUACCUUUAGGGUGGCCAGCUGUCUAAUACGCACACCCAGGCAUUUAUACCCUCAGCUGCUAACCUCACAUUGAAAAUGAACACUAGAAAGUUGGGCACCUGCUUUAUCACUCCGCAAAGAUUUGUUUCAAGGUUUUUGUAUAUUUCAUAUGCAUAUGUUUAUAAGUGCAAAUUUCUUUCAACAGAACAUGUUUGUUGAUUAAUGGAAAGGUAUAACAUAUCAGAUUGUGUGUGGCCCUGACCUGAAUUGAAAGGAAAAUCAGGGAGUGUUUAACUAUAAGUGGUGGGUGUAUGUGUCCUGUAUGGGGAUGGUUCCAAAUUAUGAACCAGUAGCAUCAGAUGAAGCAUGUAUUUUUCAUGUUUUUGACUAACUCCUCAACUUCAUGACCUACAUUCAAAAUGUUUAAUUCCAAGAUGCAUCAGAGACCAAUGUUUGGAUCCCGUUAA